GCUAUUAUUAAAUAACAGCGCAGUGUGCGAUGUCAUUCUGGUUGCCAACAUUCUUCGUCCUUCCCAGACACCUAGAAACUGCUAGCUCAACUUAUUCACAUUGUGGGUUGUGUGGAAGGUAUAAACAGUAGACUAUUGAUUGACUCGACAACGUUUCGGGCUGUGGCCAACUGUCUCUGUUGUCAGUUGUAAAUAUAUUACUCGCAUAGUAAAAGAAUUAACCAAUUCCCACUUGCCUCGUCAACCUGUGAUCGCUUCCGCGUUAACUGAUACACCGUUAAACUCUAGUCAAUAAUGUUUAUCCUCAACUUAGUUCAGUAGUCCAACAUGUAUAUUUAGUGCGGAAGUUUAACCUUCAUAUACCUGCUAGUUAGUGUAGAAGAGUUGAUAAAAUGACUCCGCCCCCUAUUGUAACAGGGUUAUCGCCUAACGAAGGACCUCCUGGCACCAAAAUCACAAUUAGAGGGGAAAACUUUGGUACCAAACCUACAGAUCUUACAGGUUUAAAGGUGUGUGGCUGUGACUGUUUAUUGUCAGCUGAAUGGAAAUCACCAAACAAGAUCAUUGCCAUAUCUGGCCCUGGUAAGGGCAAAGGGGAUAUUAUAGUUACAACUAGGUUAGGUGGUGAGGGAGUGUGCAAUGUCAGCUUUAAAGGUUAUUAUGAGACUGUUGGGUCUUUGAAGGAGAGUGCAGUAUGGGUGGAAGAGGCUCCAUACUUUGGAGGCAAGCACUCUCUUUCAUCAAGCAGUUACCAACAAGAAGAUCCACUAGGACUAUCAGUUGAAGGCAAUGAUAAGAAAUUCCCAGAAGAUGACUUAAAGGAAUUGUUCCCUAAUUCCUCUGGGAACAUAGCAUUGGAAAAUUUCUCACCUGGAUGGUUUCUGCUUGAAAACCAUCAUGUCACUUCUUUCAAUGAUUUGAAGGCUGGUCUCUUGCAUCUUAGAAGGAAAGUGGAAGGUCAGAAAGAAGGUCAGUUAUCAUUCUUGAAAUCUAACAUUUCAUCGGUCGUCGACCAAUUGGAUACCAUCGGUUCGAUGAAAGACAAAUUUCGAUGCGACCUAACGGAAUACGGAAACGAACCAACUUUGAAACUGGAUAAGUCUAUCAAGGAAUGCGAACGAGACGCGAGGAAGUUAUUCGAUGAUGUUUUAACGCGUCGUGAUCGUGCGGAGAAGACUCGUAACGCAUUGAACGUCUUAGCCCGAUUUCGGUUCUUGUUUUGUCUUCCUUGCGUGAUCGAACGAAAUAUUAAAAAAGGUGAUUACGAAAUCGUGAUCAACGAUUAUAUGAGGGUUAAAAAUCUGUUCAACAAAAGCGAUGUGGCUGUGUUUAAAACGGCGCUGAACGAGAUCGAAAAAAAAGUUGCAGGUUUACAAAAAAUGCUUCACCAGAAGUUGGUGCAAAUGCCGAUAAGCGUAGAAGAACAGAAGCGUCUUAUAAGACAUCUGGUCAAUUUAGAGUCUCCUUAUGAACCUGCUUGGGAUGCUAUCCAAAGCCAUUCAGAAUACAUUAAUCUUAGGAUGAGGCACUGCUACGAGGAGCACAAAGUUGCUGAAGCGAUAUUCAUUGAAGAGAUAAGUAAAGCUAAAGGCGGUAGUUCUACCUCUAAAUAUUCGAAGUUCAACCAGCCACCUCAGGAUUUAAGCUCCAUUCCAGAAAACGUGCUUUUCAUCGAAGAUUUGUGCGAGAUUGUCUCUGAACUGUUUCCAGAUUUAUGGAAAUUGGGUCAGGCCUAUUUCACUGGUGAUUUACACGUGAAAGUUGAACCUGGACGUCAAGUAGGAUUUAAGCACAUUGUACUAAGCAUCAUGGAAGCGUUUUGCAAGACGUUAAGGUCGGCAAUCAUUCCUCACACGCUAGAUAAGAGUACGGAUAAAGCGACUUACGGUACCUGGUCUACACCGGACAGUGAUACUAUCAAACCUUGGCUACCAGCAUGCCUGAGAUACGUGCGAUCUACUUACUCGAUCCUGAUUAAAUUGGAUUUACCAAGUGAAGCUUUGGAUAUUGUGUUCAAAUUCAUAUUAGAUUUAAGAAUACAUUGCAUGAGCGUUCUAUUUAAGCAGGCCUCAGACCAGAUUGAACAAUUGUCCAAACAAGAAACGUGGAAGAUUGAAUUCACCGGCAAACACAACGGCGUCACGGAAUUGCCCAUAAAGUUUGAGCAGUCUGUGCAAGAGGUAAUUCAGAUAGUCAGAGAAUCGGUUUUGUUGAGCGAACAAAGGGAAGGGUCGUUGCUCGAUAAUCCGACCGCAAACAAAGAAUUAGAUAAACAAGUUGAUUCUCUCCUUUCGAUGUUCCAUAAAGUACUCAGCAAUCUCUCGCUGAAAAAGGAUAACGACGAUGAUGACGAAUGCACAACCGUUGUAUCCCAAUUGAUAGGCACUCCGACAGCAUCAUAUCGCACUCAUAAUUCCAAAUCCCAAUUACCAAUUUGGGAGCACAGACUGCUGACGACGCUAUCCAACUGCCAGUAUACAAGACUAGUUGUACUGAAGAACUUAGAGGAAGGAUUUACCAAAGGCGGAUAUCCUGCGCCAAAAGUAGCCUUGGAUAAUUGCUGUAGCAAAUUAGAAGCAUUAGAGAAAAGCGUGCUCGAAUUGUAUUUAGAAGAAAAGAGCGACCCACUUGUAGGCACAAUAGAACCAUCCAUGUAUUUAGAAAGAUUUGAUUGGGAUACUCAAAUCAAACCCACGGAUGUUAGACCUUACGUCAAGGAGUGCAUCAACAACUUAAUACACGUUCACAGCGAAGUGAACAGCAUUUCGCCAACACUUGUCAAUAGCGUAUUGCCACAAGUUGUUCAAACAAUCUCUGAGGAAAUUUACAGACUUAUGGUUUGCGUUCAGAAGUUUAGCAAAGCUGGUAUUCUGCAAGCCAGAGUCGAUAUAAAUACGUUGCAGCAUUUUUUCCAAAAUUAUUCGACAUCGAAAGCCAAGUAUUAUUUUAAGGAAGCCCUCGAUACUAUUCCCGCGCUCGAAACUUCGGAACAAUUGAUAAUCGAGGAAAUAUUAAAGGUUUGUAAGAAGAGGAUGAAGCUACAAAUAUUGUGCCUACAACAACCAAUCACCAACGGAGUACUCAAAUAGCUUUACUCAGAUAUUUAUUUACAGUUUGUAUAUGUGUAAAUAAAUUUUAUUGUAUAUAGCGAGACUGUGAAAAUACACUUAUCUUUUUAGAUUAAACUAUUAAACCAAAUGGUAUAUACUUAUUGUAAAGACAAAUAUAGUGAAUUUUAAGAGCUUCAUAU